GGAGGCGCAGGACAACGAGGAAUAAACAGCCGGGAGCACGACUCGCUGUGGGCUGAGUGACGCUCGACUCGCGCGCGUCUGGAACGGCGUCCCCCUCCGCCUCCUGAUAACCUCCCCCGAGUUUACAAACCGCGCCGUCUCUCGCACAGAGAGAUUCCUCCCAGUGGUUGUUGUUGGUGGUGGUGGUGGCGGCAACUGGCAAGCACAAUUGUUCAAGGGACGCCUUUCGUAACGAUCAGCGCAAGUUGACGGAGCCGCCGGGAGCCUUGUCCGAUCAUCUUCGGCUUGAAACUCGCUUGGAGAGACGGACAACGAGACCGUUGUUGAAAAGGGCCCGGCCUUGUACCGUGCUUGCGACCGACGAGGGGAGCGUCUCACGAACGACGCCGACGCGCUUGAAACCGAAAUGGAGAAAGGUCCCGUGGAGCUGAGGAUGGUGACUCCCAUUCCCGACGGAACGGGAAGUUUGAACGGCUUUGCGGACGCCUCCCGGAGCCAGUACGAGGGGACUAAUGGGGACGUUGAGGAGACGGAACGUUUUUUGCCAGACGGUCAGGUGAACAAGCCGGGGAAACAGUUCACAGAUCACGAGGGCAAGGCGUCGUUCGGCAUGUCGGUGUUCAACCUCGGCAACGCCAUCAUGGGCAGCGGCAUCCUAGGCCUCGCCUACGCCAUGGCCAACACGGGCAUCGUCCUCUUUGUGCUGCUGCUUGUAUCCGUUGCCCUGCUGUCUGUUUAUUCCAUCCACCUGCUUCUGAAGACAGCAGGAAUUGUGGGUAUCCGUGCGUACGAGCAGCUGGGAUACGGGGCGUUUAAAACUCCAGGCAAAGUGGCUGCCGGGUGUGCCAUCACCCUGCAGAAUAUCGGAGCGAUGUCCAGCUACCUGUACAUCGUGAAGACGGAGCUGCCCACUGUGAUCCGCACGCUACUCGACAACCGAUAAGAGGUACCCAGUCUGUCCGGUGCGUGGUACCUGAACGGCGACUACCUGGUCGUCAUUGUGACGAUAGCAGUCAUUCUGCCGCUGGCUCUCAUGAAGAAUAUCGGCUACCUCGGAUACACCAGUGGAUUCUCGCUCAUGUGCAUGGUCUUCUUUCUCAUCGUGGUGAUUUACAAGAAGUUCCAGAUCACCUGCCCGGAGGAGGAGGAAAAUCUCAAGUCGUACCUCAACGAGACGACCCUUUGGAACGUCACUCAGGCGGUGCCGCUGACGACGCAGCCGCCGCCCGACGCUGGGAACGAGCAGUGUGUGGCGCAUUACGUCACCAUCAACGCCAAGACGGCCUACACCGUGCCCAUCCUGGCCUUCGCGUUCGUCUGCCACCCAGAGGUGCUGCCCAUAUACACGGAACCUGCAAAAUCUGACCGCUGGGGAUUUCUCCCCAGGCCCACUCGUCGCCGCAUGCAGAAGGUGGCCAACCUGUCGGUGUUCACCAUGUUCAUCAUGUACCUCCUGACGGCCAUCUUCGGCUACCUCACCUUCUACCAGACGGUUGAGGACGAGCUGCUGCACCGCUACAAGAAGGAGGAUCAGCUGAUCCUGUGCGUGCGCCUCGCAGUGCUCAUUGCCGUCACGCUCACCGUGCCCAUCGUGCACUUCCCGGUGCGCAAGGCCAUCCUGGAGAUGCUGUUCCCGGGAAAGCCGUUCAGCUGGGUGCGCCACGUCCUCAUCGCCGUGGCUCUGCUCUCGGUCAUCGUCACCCUCGUCAUCACCGUGCCCAACAUCCGCGACAUCUUCGGAUUCAUAGGUUCCACCUCGGCUCCCUGUCUCAUCUUCAUUUUCCCGGCCAUCUUCUACAUCCGCAACGUGCCCGAAGACAAGGAGCCCAUGAGAUCACCGCAGAAAAUCGGGGCGGCGCUCUUUGGGCUUCUGGGUGUGGCGUUCAUGGUGAUGAGCCUGGGACUCCUCAUCAACAACUGGGUUUCUCCGGAGGCUGGUGGCUCCGUAGGAGGCCACUAGGUGGCCCCCCCCCCCCCCCCACCUGUUCCACCUCUACCUCCCUGCACCAAGCACAAUGGCCACAUCCCAUUUGGGUCCUUAACAGCAAACGUGGGACAAGGAGGGCGACUGCUGCAGCUACCGCCGCUCCUGCCGUGUGAAUUCGGAGGUCUGCUGCAGGGAGUUUUGGCCCCUAUAUUUUAGCUUAACAAGGUAGCCUUUUACAUCAACUCUGAUCCCUCACUCGAGGGUAAGAUGUCUCUUUUAAGCGGAGAAUUUUAAAAAAACAGGGUUUUCUGUCGAGUCAAAUUGGUAGUUGAACGUUUAUUACGUUUUGUCAAAAAAGUUAAAGUGUCUCUCCCCUGCUCAAAUGAGGAUUGUGAGGCAGCGUUUUAUCUCUCCGUUGCUUUGAGAGCCAGGUAUGGAAAUUCCACAUUACCACUGUGGCAGAGGCUGGGCCAAUGGUUCCCAGCCUAUUGCUCGUCGCGUUCCCCUUUCCAGCCCUAUCUCACCUGUCCGCUUGGUUCCUGCCAGCAUGUAGACUUUACAAGCCACAUUUACCCCCCCUCCCCCCCUCCAUUUAUCAGUUGCACGUGCAGCGACCUAGAGCAUCUCAAAGUCCAUUAACCGUGAACAGGUCCCAACAAGCACGUGUAGCGACCCAGGGCAUCUCAAAGUCCAUUAACCGUGAACUGGUCCCAACAAGCACGUGUAGCGACCCAGGGCAUCUCAAAGUCCAUUAACCGUGAACUGGUCCCAACAAGCACGUGUAGCGACCCAGGGCAUCUCAAAGUCCAUUAACCGUGAACUGGUCCCAACAAGCACGUGUAGCGACCCAGGGCAUCUCAAAGUCCAUUUACCGUGAACUCGUCCCAACAAGCAAGUGUAGCGACCCAGGGCAUCUCAAAGUCCAUUAACCGUGAACUGGUCCCAACAAGCACGUGUAGCGACCCAGGGCAUCUCAAAGUCCAUUAACCGUGAACUGGUCCCAACAAGCACGUGUAGCGACCCAGGGCAUCUCAAAGUCCAUUAACCGUGAACUGGUCCCAACAAGCACGUGUAGCGACCCAGGGCAUCUCAAAG